CCACGGCGCGCCGCCUCCGCUCGGCGCUCGGCGCUCGACUCGCCCGCCUGCUCGUCCGGCGGCGGCACCGCGAGGGCGGGCGGUAGUCGCGAGGGGCCAUGCGGCGGGCGCGGGGCGCUCUGCCGGCCCAGCUGCCGGCGGCGGAGGCGGAGGAGGGGCUGCGGCGCCUGGCGCGGUUCCUGGCGCGCGCGUUGCCGCUGUGCCGCGCCCACACGACGGAGUUCUACGCGCGCGGGCUGUGGGAGCAGCUGGUGGCGGCGCGCCCCGAGGUUGUGCUGCAGGCGCUGCGGCGCCCCCUGUCGGAGGCCUCCGGCGCCGCGGCCGUGCGGUGGGAUGACAACACAUUUUCUGAUGUGUUUUGUGAAAACUCCAAGAAACUUAUCAAUGUACACUUAUUUGCCCUCGCUGCCAAGCAUUAUUCUUUGCCUAACCUUGGAGUGUGUACCCCAUUAGAAGAGAUACUUGAAGCGCUGAGAGGAGACAGCCAAGAAGCAAGUGGUAUCAAAACUGAUGAGUUUAUGAAUAAUAAGAAAUCACAUGAAGUACAAGUAAUGUCAGAGCUGGUAGACAAAAUAGCAAAGUACUGUGGUUUAAAACAGGUGAUUGAUAUAGGUUCUGGAAAGGGCUACCUGAGUUCAUUUUUGUCUAUGCAAUAUAACUUGAAAGUUUAUGGAAUCGAUUCAUCGAAAACCAAUACUAACGGUGCUCAUGAAAGGAACAGGAAAUUGAAGAAACACUGGAAAACUUACCAGAGUCGAGCAAGAGUCAAUUCUGAGACCCAGAGGUUGGAAAAGCCAAUAAAAAAUGAAGUUAAAUGUAAAGCUAUCAAUGAAAAGCCCUUAAGUAAUAACAGCAGUCUUCAAAGUCAAGACCAAGGGGCUACCCAAGACUUAGUUCCUUCUUGUGUUUUCACAGAAGUAGCUGUAUCUGAGACCAGCAAACAAACUGAGAUCAAUUUGGCUCAGGCACAGUCUGAUGAGAGCAAGCUUUCCGAAGAGGCUCUUGCUAUUCUCAGUGUUCUGCCUGCUGAUGCUGUAGAAUUUUUUUCUUCAUCCCACUGUAACUAUGGGGAAGUCCGUGAAGAGGAAAAAGCACGAAGAAAAAUGGCAUUUAUGAAGGCGAAAGAGAGCAAGUCAAGUGAAUCAAGCCUUUAUUUUCCAUUGACCUCCUACAUCAGCGCAGAAACAGAACUCAGUGACAUCAUAACAGAUUUAGAGGACUGUAUAAUGGUUGGUCUGCAUACAUGUGGUGACCUUGCUGCAAACACACUACGAAUUUUUACUGCCAAGCCUGAAAUCAAAGCAGUUUGCAGUGUAGGCUGCUGCUACCAUCUGUUGUCAGAACAGUAUGAAAACCAAGAAGAUUGCACAGAGGAAGUGUGGGGAUUUCCCAUGUGUCAGUACUUGAAGGACGAGGGCUGGUGCUGCGGUCGCAAUGCUAGAAUGUCAGCGUGCUUGGCUUUGGAGCGAGUUGCAGUUGGCCAAAUGCUGCCUACAGAGUCGUUGUUUUAUCGAGCUGUUCUUCAGGUUAUUAUAGAAGAAAUUUAUGGUGUCACCAAAAGUGAUCGACAUGUUGGAAAAAUUUUCUCCAAAUCAUCCUCCUUCUUAGAUUAUGUCAGGAAGUCUCUGAAAAAACUGGAACUGGAUGAUUCAGAGCUCCCAGACAGCUGUAUAAUGGAUUACUAUGAAAAAUACAAGCACAGAAUGAAUGAGCUUGAAGCAUUUAAUAUGCUAAAGGUUGUGCUAGCUCCCUGCAUAGAAGUUUUGAUACUUCUGGAUCGUCUUUGCUACCUCAAGGAGCAGAACAACAUUGCCUGGUCAGGACUUGUGAAGUUAUUUGAUCCUGUGAAAUCCCCCAGAUGCUGUGCAGUUAUUGCUCUGAAGAAACAGUCGUGUCUUUAAGUGGAAGCAAACUGCAGAUGGGUUGAAAGCGCUGAACUGAUACUGCUGUUUCCUCAUUGUUCUUUUUAAUUGAUUCCUCAAGUAUACUGAUACAUUUGGCAACUAUUUACUUUUCAGAUGCAAAAAUAAUAAAUGCAAUGCCUCUGUGAAUCGUAAGAAAUAAAUUGUGAUCCGUACCUCUUUUAUAAUCACCACUGCUUCCUCAUGUCAGUUAUUAAGUAAUGCAGGACAUAUGAUUUUCUUAUAAAAGUUAUGACCUGUAUUAUGUGAUCAACAUUUUAAAAUAAUUUUUAUGUUUCAUCUUUUUAAGGCACUAUUCUUAUCUAUCAAUGUCCUUCCUCUUGGUAUUUUUAAUUUCAAGAUUAUUCUUCCAUAGAAAUUUUCUAUUUUUGCAAUGGAUGACAUCAACAAUCUUAGGCAAGCCUGGCUUUUUUCUUUUCUGGAUUCAGACCACACAUAGUUUAAACAGAAAAUUAAUCUGUGUUAUAGACAAGAAGUGUGUAGACUAACUAAGUCUUUGUACUUUCCUGCUCUCCAAAUGAACUAAGGCAGCUUACUGUAGAGCAACCUGAAGAGUCUAGAACCUUCUAAGACUAAAUACUAAAUACCCACAACAGGGGUUUUAUAUUAAUCUCUUCUUCCUUCAGGCGUGUUCCUGACAUGUCUUACUUGCCAGUGACUCUGAAAGAAACAACUGAGUGUGAUGUAAUCCAUUGUAUUCCAAUAUUAAAUAAUCAGCUGCCCUGCUGCAGUUCAUUCUAAUCCUUGGGUUUUAUGAGUAAGCUAUUAUCUGGCCCAAAUGUGUUAGGUAUAAGCAUAAAAAUUUUGGUGCCUAAAUUAGUUGAAACUUUCUAGUUAGUUUCUGCUUAGCCAUCUGACUUUAUGAGUGAGAAAUUUAUUUGUUGAUGUGCUCAUCUCAGUCUCAUCUCCUUAAGCCUGCAGAUAUACUAUCAAUUAAAAAAAGACAAAAGUUUCUAUUCUAACUCCUAAUGCUUUUAUUAGAACUUUCCAGUGAAUAUAAAAAAUAAUUAAUUACAGGGAGUAUUAAAAAAGGCCGACCAAUAAAUAAUAGAAUUCAACAUUAAAAAAUAAAACCAGAGAAUGCAACUUUGGUGGGCAGCAAAUGAGAGUAACAGAAAAUAUUUUUAUAUUAAUUAUAUAGUGAUAUAGUAAUAGAUUUGGGAAUCAAACUGAGAUUCCAAUCUAGGGAACGUUAAAUCUUAUUCUGUUUCAGUCUGCAAAAUAUAAUGUGAGCUUUUGAGCAUGGCCGUUCAAGAAAAGGGAAGUAGGGUAUUUUUCUAACAUGUCACAUCUCUUUUCAUGGUUUCACUUGGAAGAAAUAAAUGUUUUUAGUAGUGUAAGUAAUUUCACUGCUAUCUGUUUUAGGACUUUCAGUCCUUACUAGCUCAGUGGAUCUGCUGAAUGUGGUGCUGAAUGUCGUAGUAAUGGAGGACACUGAGAAGAUGCUGUUACUGAACACCUUCUUUGCUUCAGUCUUUACUGCUACAACUGCCCCUCAGAAAUUCCAGACCCUGGAUACAAGAGUUGAGUCUAGAGAAAGGAAGACUUCCCUUGGUCAAGUAGUAUCUGAUCAGAGAUCGUCUAGGCAAACUUUACCACAAAUCCAUGAGGCCCAAUGGGAUGCACCCAUGAGGGCUGAGGUAACUGGCAGAAGUGACUGCCAAACCACUCUAUCAUCUUUGAAAGGCCACGGAGAAUAGGAGAAGUUUCUGAGAAUUGGAGGAAAGCCAGUGUCACUCCACUCUUCAGAAAGGGCAAGAAGAAAAAUCUGGGCAACAGGCUAGUCAGACUCACUUUCAUCCCUGAGAAAGUGAUAGAGCAGCUUAUUCUGGAUGCCAUCUCCAAGCAAGUGGAAGAAAAGGUUAUCAGGAGUAGUCAGCAUGGAUUCAUCAAAGGAAAAUCAUGUUUGAACAAUAUGGUAACCUAUGAUGUCAUGACUGGCUGGGUAGAUGAGGGGUGAGCAGUGGAUGUUGUGUACCUUGACUUCAGCAUGGCUUUUGACGCUGUAUCCCACAACAUGCUCAUGGAUAAGCUUAGGAAGUGUGGGAUAGAGAAGUGGUCAGUGAGAUGGAUUGAGAAUUGGUUGACUGGUAAAGCGCUGAUGGUUGUGAUCAGCAGCUUGGAUUACAGUCAGAGACCUGUAGCUAGCGGCAUUCCCCAGGGUUCGGUACCAGUUAAGAUCUUGUUCAACAUUUUCAUCAAUGACCUGAAUAAAGGAUAGAAUGCACCUUCAGCAGGUUUGCUGUUUAGGCAAAGCUGGGAGGACUAGCUGACACACUGACAGGCUGUGCUGCCAUUCGGUGAGACCUGGUCAGGUUGGAGAGGUGGGUGGAGAACAACCUGAUGAGAUUCAACAAGGGCAGUUGUAGAGUCCUGCACCUGGGGAAGAAUAACAGCAUGCAUCAGCACAGGUGAGGACAGGCAUGUCCAACUCACAGCCUGCGGGCCACAUACAGCCCAGUGCAACUCACAAUGUGUCCCGCUCCCUCCCUGCCCUGUGGCAUAAUGACAAUGGUUCUUCUGCAUGAAGCAGCUUGGCCCAGCCCCAGGCGGGCAACCGUCACGCAGCAACAACCAAAUUUGGGUGUGUUAUUAACUCUGGCUGAGCUGAAAGCAGGACGUGGGGCAUAGUGCAGUGCUAACUCAAGUUCUGACAAAUAUAUCUAUGCAUUUUGAUGCGCUGGCUAAACACAGUGUGUGAACAGCAAAAAAUGUGCAGCUGUGCCUUUUGAUACAAGAACUUGACAAUAGGUUUCAACAUUGCCAAAAACUUACCAUUUUUUUUAAUAUUUGUGACUCCAUUUUCAAUUGACAUAAAUAAAUGAUUUGCAAAUUUUCAAAUGGAAUGUAUAGAGUUGCAAUCAGAUAUUCAACUAAAAAUAUUGAUGAUGUCUCUGUACUGGACUCUUAUGAGCCUGUUUUAGCAGAGAGAAAUAUCCUUCGCUUCAUAAUCACACCUUACUCAUGUCACCACUUUUUGGCAAUACCUGCAUUUGUGAACAGCUGUUUUCAAGGAAUAAUCACAGAAAGAGAAAAAUUUCAUCAAAAAGCUCUGUUUAACAUGUUGAGAACUCACUGAGAAUGGCAAUCACUUCCAUUGAACCACACUGAUGCAUUAGUGUCACAAAGUCAAAGAUCCCACCUGUUCAAUGAUUAUUUUUCUUUUGCUCUCUCUAUUUAUGUUUUAAUAAAAAAUAUCAAAAAAAAAUCUUUAUUUACUUAUAUACAUUGACUAUAUUAUAUUUUUUAUGAGGGUUGAUUUGAAAGUAAUUCUCUUAUUUUAUGAUGUUGGCCCAUAGUGUCAGAGGCAGAUGUUGGUGGUAUGGCAGUAGAGGUUGAGCCUUCCCACCAAUAUUCCGUUACAUUUUGUUAUCGUGUGACAGAUGGCAGCAGAGGGGUAGAAUGGUGUCUGACAUGGAACUGCUGAUGAGGCAGAGGUGUGUUCUUGAAUUCCUCCAUGUGGAAAAAAUGGCACCCACAGACAUUCACUGGCACUUGCUGAAUGUUUAUGAAGACCCAUCAGUAGAGGUGAGCACAGUGAGGCAGUGGGUAAUGCCUUUCAGCAGUGGCAGCAGUGACAGUGGGUCACCUCUGCUGGUGCAAGUUUUUAUGAGCAUGGCAUGCAGGCUCCUGUCCAUCACUGAUGAAAAUGAGCUAAUGGUGGUGAAUAUGUUAAAAAAUAGUGUUUUGUAGCUGAGAAUUUUCUCUAUCAAACAGUGUUACAGUGCUCACUAUAUCUUUUGUAGUUUCCAUGGGAAUAAAUAGGAGGCAUUACUUUCAAAGCAGCCUAUGUAUAUGCUACCCCAUAAAAUUCUUCUUCACUCAGUGCAGCCCAGGCAAGCCAAAAGGUUGGACACCUAUGGGUUAUGGGCUGAUGUACUAGAAGGGAGCUCUACAGAGAAGGAGCUGCGUGUCUUGGUGGACAACAGGUUGACUGUGAGCCAGAGGUGUACUCUUUUGGCCAGGAAGGCCAAUGAUAUCCUGGAGUGAAUUAAAAAGAGAGUGGCUAGCAGGUAGAGGGAGGAUAUCCUUCUCUUCUCUGCCCAGUGAGGCCACAUGCGGAGUACUGUGUCAAGUUUUGGGCUCCUCAGUUCAAGAAAGGCAAGGAACUUCUGGAGAGAGUCCAACAUAGGGCCACAAAAAUGAUGAGGGGCCUGGAGCAUCUCCCUUCUGAGGAAAGGCUGAGAGACCUGGGACUGUUCAGCCUGGAUAAGAGAAGACUGAAGGGGGAUCUUAUUAAUGCUUAUAAAAAUCUAAAGGAUAGGAGUCAAGUGGAUGAGGCCAGGCUCUUUGCGAUGGUGACAGGACAAGGGGCAGUGGGCACAAACUAGAAAACAGCAUUUAUAUCCGAACAUGAAGAAAAAGAACUUUUCUUUGAGGGUGACAGAUUAGCGGAACGGGCCGCACAGAGUGGUGGUGGAGUCUCCUUCUCUCAAGAUAUUCAAAAAAUGCUUUCCUGUGUAACUUUCUAUAGGGAACCUGCUUGGACUAGCUGAUUUCCAGAGGUCACUUUCAAUGCCUACAAUUUUGUGAUUCUGUGAUCCAGUACAAGCUUCUCACAUUUAUUUAGCUCUAGCAGGUUCAAUCCUUAGAGUGCUGAACAGUUGCAAUACUCAAGGAAAUCAACUUCAGCUGCAGGUGCUCACAGCAUCUCUGGAGUACAACUAAAAAGAGAAAAUGAGGCCUUCCACAUAUGAGAUUCUUUGGUAUAUAGAGAGUACUGAGGAAAAUAACAAGCUGGUAGAUUCUUUACCCAGGAGAGAAAUCAAAAGAAAUAAAAAUUUUUUCUUAACCUCUAACAUCUGGAAGGAAAUAUGAAUAGUAUCCAAUAUAAAGAAGGAACUUAAGGUAAAUAAUGUCUAAAAAAAGAUGAACAAAAAUAUAAAAAAAUAAGCUUAUUAUAUUGGCUUUGCUAAUUAUGAUGUCUAAUUAUUAGUAUAGAGAUUUGCCAUCCCAACCUUGUGUGCUGUUGGAAAAAUUUGCUUGGGUUCUAAUUGCCUUUAUUGUGUUAUAAAUUGUUUUUCCUGCUUUUUCAGACCACAUUCCAAAAACCGGGCAUAUAUGGUGUCCAAACAAAGUUAUCACAGUUAUUGACUGAAUGCAAAUUUUUAAGAGUACCCUGUAUUUGCAAGAAAAAUAAUCAGCAAGCUCUGCCUGGUUUAAUUUGAACACGCUCCAUAUUACAUAGGGUAUAUAGGCUAUUGCUAAUUUUGUGUGAUGCUUUUAUGUGCAUAAAGCUAUCUGAAUUCAAAGUUAAAUUCUUAUAACUAUUUUAAGAGGACAUUUGGAAUAGUUUAGAAUUACAAGCACGUCUCUAGCCUAAACACUUUUCCACUGUUUCAGAAAGGUCUGAAAAAAAAAUUUCAUGCCCCCACAGCAACUUUUCAGGCUUUUUCAGUACUUUUCACACUUUGUAGUCUAUACAGGCAAUGACAGAAGCAAUGUGCUUCUUAGAAUAAUAACUAUCAAGAGGUUUAUAUAAAGAGUUUGCAUUCAACCAAAUCAGCUGCUGUCUGCUUUCAAAGCUGUUUCAAAGCUUGAGAUGCAUGAGGUGUUGUUUACUUAAUGGAAAAAUCCCCAAAAGUAAUCAAAUUGAAUAAAAUGAAUUUUCUUUGUGGUUAUUGCCAGCAGUUCUCCCAUAAUGUAAACAGUAUCUUAAAUAUAAUGAAGUCUUUUGAUAGAAAGGAAUUUCUAUUUUCUUUCACUAUGAAAGUGAGCUAUGCAUCUUGAGGAUACUCUCUGAGGAAUUGUGGAUAUACCUGCUUUCCCUGAGGUGUUUGCCCAAUUCUGUUUGUGGCACGUCUGUGCAUUCUGCAGCAAAAUUGGUGUGAUUUAUUUAUAGUUCCUAGGGCUGAAAGCUUGGAGAGACAAGAGGAUACGCAGGGUGUGUGUGCAGCCUUAAUAUCCAAGGGUAGGUUGUAGUCCUAAGAUCUCUAAGCCUGCUUUCUUUGCCAAUAAACUUUAAUCCUGAAGUCUCGAAUCAUGCAUUUGAACAUCACCUCACAAAACAUCCUGCACUGAUCUAGUUUCUGGACUUCAGUUUCAAGUCUUUUUCUGAUUUAUUAUUAUUAUUAUUAUGAAUGUUCUCCAUUUAUAGUAUUCAUUAAUUUACCAUUAAAACAACAGCAUAAUUAUUCUUUAGGUGUAAUAAUGCUUUUGCUAUUUCAUGAUAGAGUUAAAAUCUUGAGACUCAAAAUCUCUGUGUCCUAUGAUGACUUAAAUUCUUCGCACGAUAAGCAUGUUAAAGACAUCUGGCUUGGUGACAGCUAUCUGUCCUUUUGGUGACUGGAAUAUUCUUACCUGUCAUUACUUACUGGAACAGAAAUGCUUCCUAAAAACCUUUCAUAACUGUGUCAUUGUAUUGCCAGUGAUCAAUGACGGUCUUCCCCACUUAGGUGUGAAAUAGCAACUGAGAAUGGGGCUUCAAACAUCUUUUUUCACUAGGAAGCAUCUGAAUGUUCAGUCUUUGUCAGCAUUUUAAAUCCUUUUUCUCACAUGCCUGUUCAUUUUUACUGAUAAUAUGUCCUCCUUAGAAUUGAUUUAUAUCCUGAUGCUCUAGAAGAGGUCUACUCCAUGCUAGACAAUGAGCCAUGACAAAUUUUGAGUGUCUGUAAUCAAAUUGGGACAGAAAUGAAGUUGUUCAGACAAGUUAGUUGGCCACCUAGCACUUAGAACUGUGAUUUUAACUUCCUUCAUUUUUGAGAUCUGCUCAAAUUUUGCAGUUUUCAAGGUUCCCGUGCUUGCUGCCAAAUGGGAAUGUGGCCUAAUUCUUUGGGAUCCACCUGCUGGUCUUUCACUAUGUUCAUCUGAAACAACCAACUCAGUCUGGUGGCUCUAAACUUCGUAUUUCCAAGCAGCUGCUGAGUAAGCCUUAGUUAGGUUCUUUGAAUUUGCUUCUGUGUGGUUGUUAUCAUUGUUAAUGUUAUAUUUCAGAGUACCUUAAGAAAAAGAGUAAAAUCCUUCAGGAUGCUUCAAGGAAGUUGCACAGUUGCACUGUGAGGCAUCUUGUUCUUUUCUCCAUUAAAGACUUGAAAUUAAUUCCUGAAGAUCAUGCAGAUUAGUAAUUAUCAGACAAACUAAGAGCCAUAGAAUAUUAAAAAAUACUAUGCACAAUGUCAUCUCUUCAGGAGUCAUUUUAGAUUCAAGAGCUCUGAGGCAUCUUCUACACAGAAAUUCCAGUGUACAGCCUCAUUAUGCUGAAACCUGCAAGACACACUGACAUAAUGAAGAUUUGCCAUCAACUGUUAAAACAUUGUACACGAACCUUCCCAGUCUUCACCUAUAUCCUCCCCAAGGCUGUCUGCAGUAUUUGUAUCAAACUGUAGAGGAAUAAACAGACAAUUGUCUCACCAUCCUAGUGACGCUGUUCACAAUGACACUCUAAUCUUGUGUGUGUUAAAAGGCAACAUACACAUAGAAUAGGUAUCUAACAUCAAAAGGUUUUUCAGAUGUAUAAAUAUUAUUUACAUCAAUUUCACAGGCUUCUUCAGUCAGUUUGGCCUGUUACUGCUACUUCAGUCAAUACUGACUAUCAAUAUUUGUACAAAAUUUUUGUCUUGUGGUUUAUAUCUAUAGAUGGGCCUUUUUCACAAUACAGUUUUGUCACUCAUCAAAGCAGUAGAUGACUAAAAAUAAUUGUGGAUUCAGAGGAAAUCAGAAAAUGGUUUCUGGAUUACUGAUUAAAUUUAGAAGCAAUUGAAAUUGUACUGCAUUAGUUUGUUGGGUGGGAAAGAACAGCAUGUGCACAGAUUACAUCAUAAGGCAUGUAGUUGGCCAGAAUUUGCUAAACUUGUGAACACAAGACACACGGGCAAGACAAUAUGGACAAAAUAUCUGAGAUUUGCAGCUACUGUAAAAUAUAUAAUGAUUCUUUACAAAUUGUAGGAAGAAAUGUAAUUGUCUGAUUCAAUGGAAAUACAAGAAAUAAUGAGUUUUCAGUAAUUAACAGCGGGUUGUUGAAACUUACCUAAUCUAGGAACUUCAAAAGUAAAAAAUCCUUUCAGGGCAACAACAUGAUACUGUUCAUUCCAUAAAAUCAAGCUAUUUCCUACAUAAUGCUUUUUUAAUCAGUUUUAUGUGAGACUCCUCUUUGCACAGACCAAUGCAGAUUUUUUCAUGUAGAUAAAGAUGUUGUCGAGGCAGCUUUCAUUGUGUUUCACAUGGAGUUUAUCAAGAAAAUCGAGAUGCAGUAAAUCUACUCAGCCAACAAAUCAGAUUGUUAGACUGAAGCUCAGAUUGCCUUAACACGCAAGCUGUCAACUCUUUCACAAAGCACUGAUGAAAAUAGCAAAGUUGUCUGCUUACUGAAUAACUUGAUAGUGCCUGGCAUCGAGUGAGAAAAUUCUAAAUUAGAAAAAAUAGUGAUCACCUCUCCUGAUUACAUGAACCUUCAGUUACAAUAACUACAACGUACAGUUAUAAAUCUACAUUGUUUAUUACGCUUUCUAUUAUUAGAGUCAUGAAUAAAGACUGGCAGCAGAAGCAGCCAUGCUGUUUCUCAACUGUAAAUCCUAAAUACACUUGUUAGUCUUAGAAAGGCUGAAGUCAUCAAAAAGACACUUGGAUGUUAUAAAGUGUAGAAUGAACUGCACGUUACUUGGAUAAAUGCGCCAGUUGCUAACCUUUUUGUACUCUGUGGCAUGGUUAUCAAUCCAAAGAACACAGUUCUCAAAAUACUCAGCGGACAGCAACAAGAUCUUGAAUGAUUAUUUAUUGGCACAUGCAUUAAUAGUCAGCAAAAGAGAUAAGAAUGAUUACACCAAAAUUAAUGCUAUGUUGCUUAUGAUUAAAAAAAAAAAGAAUUAAAUAGAAACAAAAAUGUAAAAGCUUACUUCACUGGAAAUUUUAGCUUUAAUUUGAGAAUAUGGAGAGCAGCACUGAGUCAUGUAAUGAAUGGAUACCAUUCAGAUUAUCUCUAGAUGGAUUCUUGAUUAUGAGUAAAAAUUUUAUGGCCAGCAAACAUUUAAAAAAACGUGUUAAUUUGUUUUUCACACUGAAAUCUGGAUCAUCAUUGAAAUCUUCCUGGUGUAUAGCAAGAGAAAAUUCAAACAGCUUUUUGUGUAUCUUUUAUUACUAGUAAUAUCUAUUUUUACUUUAAAACCCUCAGGAUUUUCUUUUCUCCAUGCACUGGUCUGUUAACAACAAGAGAACUGAUUACAGCAAUAAGGAGUUAAAUGACACUCCUUGUUCCUAAGAUCAACUCAAGAGAAAUGCAAGUGUGAGCCUAUACAAUUACUGACGCCAGUGCUGAAAUUCCCAUUCCCUCUAUUAUAACUGCCUUUAUCAAUAAGGAGAGUAAGGUUUAACCCUAAUUUUUCAAAAACCAACAUUUGCUACAGUAAUUUAGCAGAAUAUCUCAAGAGCAAGUUUUUGUUGUAAACUUGGAUUUCCUUUCGUUUGUGCAAAAACAGGAGUGUGUAAUACAAAGAACUGCAUUUAUAUAAAUGGUGUAUUUCCUCAUUUAGUACCUCUAUCAGCACUUUGCAGGCAGUGCAUUCCUUAUUCAUGAGCUACAUGGUAAAGAAAGUAAUGUUAAUUAAUAAUCCCUUGUGUACCACCCGUUAAUUCAAGACAGAACCUAUUACUGUAGAUUGAGAUACAUAAUUUUUGAUUGAUUUUUACAAUUCCAUGUGAGAUGUAUUGCUCACAAUAGAAUGGAAAAUAUUUUCAUUGAAAAUAUUUUUAGAAUGUGAUUUCAUUGAAAAUAUUUUCCAUCAGGACUUGAAAAUUACGUACCUGGACAUAGGUUCUCAGUGAAUAAUGAAAAUAAUAUUUCAAGAUGUCAGUGGGAAAAAUUUUCAAGAAUUUUCCUUGUUAUUGUGAUUUAACAUUUAGCUUUAAGACAAUGUAAGUUAAUUAAGAAUAAAAUGUACCACAGUUACUCAUUCAUGUAUUAUUGAAAUGUUGCAGUUUCUUAUGUUGCUAAUUUAUUUUUCCUUGGCAAACUGUACCUAAGUUUCCAAAAAGGCAAAUCUAGGAACAUGCAUUUUUUUUACACAUUAACAUUCUACAGUUUUAUUGAAUGAAAUCAAAGUAUUGUGUUUUGCUAUGUAGUGUUUCUCCCUUAAAACAGCUGCCAAAGCAUAUCUGAACACAUGCAAAAAGAGAUUGUGGUUCACAGUAGGCAUGUUUCUUUACCAGAUUGUCACAGGAAAAUGUCAGUUUUAUUCAUUGCUUUGUGGUCAGCUAAGAUUUGAAACCAACUUUAAGUUCUGAUUCUCCAGCUCAAGUAAGGAAUGUCUGAUCUACCUUACCCUAUAUAAGACUGGGUGUCAAAGAGCACAUAAGGCCAUUUGUGUGUUGAUAACUCAGAGUAAUUCUCUGUUUUCCAGCAUAGCUGGAAUAAGGAAAAGCUUUAGUACUACUACCACUGGUUGCUCUUCAAACUCUGUGAGCAUGGCUCCUAUGGAGCUGUCUCGGUGUCUGGGACACGCUGCCACCAGACUGACUGAUGGAAGUCAGUCUGAUUUGUGCCUGACAUGUCUAUUCAUCCCAGUGAGUUUCCAUUCCAGUGCAGUGGUCAGUCAUUUGGGAACUGCUCCCAUCUGCCAUGCUGAACUUCUCCAAGCUGUUCUCCUCAACUUGUGUUGAGGUUGGUUUGUAUCUUGUGAAUCUCAAAUACAGAAAAGUUUUGGCCCUGUUUUUUACGAUCCCUAAAGUUGAGCAACUUACAUGCUCACUUUCUAUUUUUCCACUCAGGUAAUGUUGUCCAGUUGGCAACAGUAUAGUUAAACAUCACAGCCAGAAUCACAAAUAAAUUGUAAUCACAGUAUGUGGUGAUCUCUAUCAAAUCUUUUCUUAUUCAAAUACAAAAUUUUCUAGGUCUUAGUAUCAGAUCUCUUUUCCAUCAUUAAAGCUAAAACUACACCCAUCCCUAAAACUAUAUCAGAAAAUUUAAGUUCUGUUCUUGGAACAAGUGGUUGAGUUUCAAACUGAGUACAUGUGCUUUGGUGUAUCCACUGGAAAGUAUGAGUCUAAAAAUCUUUACCUCAGUUUUUUCUUUGGAGAUCAUCAUUUCUUUAUUAGAACUAGUUUUCUUAUUUUCUUCAUAUUUCUUCUGCUUUCUAUUUUCAAGUGGCCUGGGGAAGGAUAUGAGCACUACUUUAUGUUGGCAGUGGCAGACAGAGCUCAAUAUGCAAAGUACAAUGACGUUUUGUGAGAGGAAGUGAUUUGGAAAGUCGCAGUAUUAUAGUUUAAUCGUGUAUUAUCAAAACUGAAGUACAUGAAGUACGGACCUAUUCUAAGAACUAAAUUAAAAUACUGUCUAAAAUCUGAUAUGUUUUCACUGUAGAUAAUGGAAGAUUUUUCAUUUUCUCCAAUUGUAUUUUUAUUUCCCUAGAAAAUUGUUACAGAACUUGCUGUCUUCUCACAGAGGUGACACUGUGCUUCGCAAUACAGCAGGGAAUAUGGGUGUCUUUAUUAUUGAACUAGCAUGCAAGUUGAGAGGCCGGAUUCACAGACUUGUCAUUGAACAUUGUGGUACAUAUUGUUGUUCCCAGGUUGUCCAGAGGACAUUACUGAAUAGAUCUGGAAAAUAAAUAAAUAACCCCAAACUGUGUUCAGAAAAUCUGUGUUAUGUGUGAUAAAUCAAACACCCUCCCUCCUUCUUGGCAGAAAAGCACCUUUGAUGUACACUAUCUAUAUUAUCACUACAUUUGCAUUCUGACACAGUCCUCUUUGAGACGACACGUUCUUUAAAGUGCUUUUCCAAAACUGACCUUCAUUCUUGAAACAUCUCAGGGAAGCUAUCCUAUUAUAUUAGAAAUCUAAUUUGUAUCUUUAAUAUUUAAUUCCUGAGACUUUUCACCUGUUCUUUCUUUAUUUAUUUUUCCUUCCAGUUAUGUGAUAAUGUAUGGCUAGACAGAAGUGCCCUUUUCCAAUUGAUGUAAAAGUAUGCAAUACAUAUUUUCCAGUAAUCUAAAAAACCUUUCCUAUAGAAAACAAAUCCUACAAUUGUUUUGUAGAUGUUCAGAACAGUUAUUCCAAACAGUUCCAAUGCCAUAAUACAUGCAAUCACUUUCUUCAGUUUGCAUGGCCUUCAAAAACAACAACAACAAAAAAAUUCUCAUGAUCCACUCUCAAAAACUGAGGACAAUUAUUUUAGACAGCAGUUUUACAUAAGAGCUUACAAAUGAAAAUGUGAAAUUCCUAAUGUUGUGAAAGUUAGCUGCAGUCCUAUUGAUAUAUUUCUUUUUCUUUUUUUUUAUCUAAUCAAUGAAUCUGCUGUUGAAAAUGAUUUUUAAAGUGUUUGCAUUCAGUUCCUGAGAGAUUUUUUAUUUGAUUAUGGUCUUAAAAGGCCAGGUCUCAUCCCUUUGCUAUUUGUUGCUAAGAAGAUGCCCUUAAAUGAACACAGGUAAUAAAUUACUUCCCAUAAGAAAACAAGCUUGCGACGCUGAAAUGUAUCAGAAGUAUACUACAAAGCAUUCCUAUUUUCUGGAUUGAAUUUCAUCUUACUUUGCAAAAGGAGUGUGUAUGUGUUAAAUAAACAAACAGAAAACCAUUGUGACAGAUUAAUUAGUUAAUUUAACUCCUUAUUUUUAUGUGAAUUUUUAUGUGAAACUCUUUCUGGUUUAUGUGAAUUCCACUCCAAAGUGGAAAAUACAUGUACUGCUUCAGCCUAAUUUAAACCUUUUCUGAAGAGCUUAAAGUUAGUCUGCAAGAUGCUUAACCUGAUUUUGGCUCAUUGCUCACUGCUGAAUUCCCCCUGUUGUGAACUGCACUAGCAGAUCAUAUUUAUCUCUCAUAUUUAUUGUCUUGGAAUAUGCAUUAAUUUCUGUAGGGAAUAAUUGCUGGCCUGCAGAUGGUUCACAAAUGGUAUGGAAUAUUUACAUUUUCCACUGCUUUAUUUUCUGACUGGAUAGUUUCUGUAGCAAAGCAAAGUCUGUUUCUGCAGACGUUGGGUCAUCUGCUUAGCUUCACUGCUCUCGUCCUGUUUAGGUCAUGAGGCAUUACACUGUAAUAAGAAGUGAGGAAUAUCUUUAAAGAUCAUGAGCUAGAACAGCAAGAAUAGUAAUUGACAGGGGGGCUGAAGAUGGAAUAUAAAUUAUGAAGUGUAGUUCUUGUGACUAUCAGACCAUCUGAUCAAAAUUAGCUUCUUGUAACUACUCAUUUAAUGAAGAACGUUUACUGUAGUAUUUAUGGAUCGCAAACAUAACAUAGGCACAAACAAAGCCAAGGAAAUAUUUUUUUAAAUAAAAUCAAUAGUUUAAGUAAACAUUUCUGAAGUAUAUUCAUACCAGACUUUCGGCAAGAUAAAUUUGGUAUGUGUAAUACACAGAUGUAUUAUUUAUGUUCAUAUCAUGAUCAAAUUAGCAUGCCAUGAACCAAUAAGAGAGACCAGGAAGUCCAGACAUUUGAUGCCAGAGAGAACAUUGCAUGAUAUGCAGACUGUGAAUUCAAAGAAAGAACAAAAAACCAGCCAAAUACACAGAGAAUCUGACUUACCACAGGAUGUUUUGGAAACAGCAACAAUGGAAACUUUUUGUACUUUGUUUAGCUAGAACGGAAAACAAAAGCAAGACCAAUUUAAUUAAUUAAUGAAAAAAAGAUGGUGACCAUUUGGAACACUGCAAAAAUAAACCAAAAUAAUUGAACAGAAUAGAAAGGAGAAUUGCUUCUAGUUAGUGUAUCUAUUUUUACACAUUCUAUGCUCAACACACACGAAGCUUUAUAAAUAAUUAUCUCUAAUGGGAAAACUCUAAGCCAACUCAGUGGGCGUUAAAGAUAUGAGGCAACGUGUCUGACUUGUUUGCUUGAACAUAACUAUUCAAUUUAUAAAAAUUAUCAUGCUUGUACUGUCACGGUGUAUAAAUGCAUACCUUGCAGCGUGGUGUUCUGAACAGCACAGAAUGAUGAAUCACUGAUUCUUCUUUGCCUAGAUAUAUAUUUCACAGUUUUUAUGAAUAUGUCAGAAUUUGAUGAAAGUUGCAAUUUAGGCAAAGUCAUAGUAAUGCUUCCAUUGAAUUUUCCCAUGUUUCUCUGUUUUCAUUUAUAUUAAUUUUUCAAUUCUGGAAAAGAAGGUCACCUUGUCUUUUUGUUUUGUGUUAGUAAAUAUUCCCACUGCUCUCUACUGAAUAUGAGAUGAGGUAAUACUGCCAUGCAAGCAAUAUCAAUUUCAAUACAUUAUUUCAAUCACUAAUAUGAACCUAAAAGUCAUUGUAUAGUAACCCCAGGAGCCUUUUGUUCCCAUUUUCACCCCCUUUAUCCAAGCCUGUUUUAAUACUGGAAUGAUCAGGCAAGGAAUUAUGUUAAAAAUUAUUGUUUGGAUUUCUUAGAGUGUAUUUUCUGUCUGCUGUUCCUAAUAACUCUUGUGACGAUCCAAGGCUUCUAACAACUAAGCACGCUUCAUUGUAUGUAUUGGGCACUAGAGAGUGCUUUCACAUUGCUCUUCUGCACUAACAAUGUGAAACACCUUAAGAGAGGCUGCUAGGACUUGAGAUACUGAGAGAAGAAAAUCUCUUAAAAAAUCAGUUUAGAAACUGGUAUUUUUUUUAUGAUGAGAACAAAAAUGCAAUUUGUUUAUUUUAAUGUAUCUUCAGAGUUUUCUGAACUCUGUGGUUUCCUCAGGUCAGGUUCUUCCUGCAGGUAGGUAACCGUGCUGAAAGAUUUUUUUGAAAAACAUCUGAAAAAAGUUUGUUCCAUGUAGCGUGCAUGCACUUUUUCAUUAAUUUAUUGACAUUUCAUAGGUCAUGAGUUUUUACUAACAAAGGUCUUCCUUUGUUAGUAGAGGUAUCAACCAAGUAAUUGGCAUUUAUAAAACAAUACAAUACCAGUUCUGUAUUCCUACCAGCCCAGGAUUUCCGGUACAGCCUGUGCAACAGGAUCACAUGAAUUGAUGAGGACAUGGUUCUCUGUGAUCUGCAAACAAUCUUCCUUUAUUCCAUGAAAACACGUAGAAUUUGCCCAACCUUAGCUUCUUUUAUAAAGCAUUUACACUUACAAGAACACCAGCACAAUUUUUCUAUUACAAAAAAGCAUCAACAACCUAGUUCUCAUACACUUUUCCCAGGAAGUUAAAUUAGUGUUCUUUUGUUUGUUUAUUUGUGUUUUUUUUUUUUAAUACAAAUGUUCCUUAAAUGUUCCUUUUAUUGUAGUAUAAGGGGAAAAAAAGUAGAAAAUCAGCUCUUUGGCACAAUAUCUCUUUCACCAUAUAAAACAAAUGUUUAAUGUCAGAGUAACAAGCCUUCAAGGCAUCAACUUUUAAAGUCAUCAUCCCACAUUAGCUAAGGAAUGUUACAGUUAUAUCCUAAAAGAAAAGCAAAAUCCUUACAUCUGCCAAGAAGAAAAGCUUAAAUUCCAUCUUCUAAGUUUCCCUUCCUUCAGAUUUCAUGUUUGUCCCUGUGUAUGCCUGACUAUGUGUGGCACUAUUAUAUAUUUUUGAAGUCCUACCUGGACUUUAAGAGUAUUUCUGGAAAAGAAAAUUAUGAAUUAAAAAUGUGGAACUAGAGGUUGCUCUUGGUCCAGUGGAAAGUGUUUAACUAUGGUCUCAGGUUCCAGGGAGCCCUCUGUUAACCUUGUAGUUUGCCCCACUUCAAAGCACUGUCUACACUGCAGCUUCCCAAAAAUGGAAGUGCUUGACAGAGGCUUAUUGUACAAGUUCAUUAUGGAUUGUUUUCCCUUCAAAAAAACUUAGGCAAUGUUAUACCGCAGUAAUUGCAAACUCCACAAAUCUUUCCUCUCUAGCAGAAUGAUGACCACAUCACCUUGCCAGGUUUCUGGCAAUAUUCCAGACUUUUAAGCUUGCAGACUUUGGAAAUCCAUUUAGCUCCCUACAGAAUAUAAAUUUUAGUAUUUGCACAUGGGUUUAGUUCACAACAGAAAGUUUCCUGUUCAAAAUCCAUAAAUUCUCUCUUCCAAAUCCAAAUAGAAUAGCUUCUUGGUUCAGAAAAAUUCUGCAGAACUCCUCUUUGAAAUUAAGAAAGGGAGAGAUGUAGGACAAUGUAAUGGGAAGAAGAGAAAGAAUGUUUUUUAUAAAGGUAUGUGCAAUAGAUCAUUGAUCAACAUAGAUAAUCACUUUUUUCCAUCCUAUCCCUCAAGCCUCCACUAUCUCUCUAUACAAUCUGGCUUUGUAGACAUAGAAUUCCUCACCUCCCACCCCAUAUCUUGUACAAUUGCCUUCCAGACCUGUCCUCAGUAGCUCACAACAUGCAGUCUUUUAAUGAAUAGAGUAAUGAAUACAAAGUUGGUUGGAAGAUGAGUGUUAAUGUUGGAUUACUGCUUGCUUUACCUUUCCACCUUUCACCUAUGGUAAUGAGCCAGUGGACUCAAGUGAUUAGCAUCAAGCUGCAUCAGAAGAGGGUCAGGUUGGGUAUUAGGUAAAGGUUCUUAUCAGGAGGAUGGUCAGGCAUUGGAAUCGGCUGCUGAUGUUGGAAACAGUGAACUCUGGAAUGUCAGGUUACAAAUCUUCCUGACUUGCUCACUUUGAGAACGAUUAUGCUCAUCUUUUCAUGACAACAUUUCUGAAGUAAAACGUGGUUUUUGGUUAGUCUUCAAUCUUCUCCCAUAACUAGACCAGUGACUUCAUAGACUAAAACUAUAAUGUAAGCUUAAGGCAUAUCUCAAAGGAAAAAGUAAACUAGUAAUAUUUAAAGAGUAUUUUAAUUAUUUGGCUUCAAAAGUCAGUGUAAAUAUAUACUGACAUUCAAUAAAUACAUAUUUAAAUUGGCUUUUAGACACCACAUUUCUUGUGAUGAUUCAAUGCUAGACUCCGAAAAAUAUCAGCAGAAAAAAAUAUGACAAAAUAGUAAGAAGCAUAGUAGAAAAAAAUUUAAAAAGAAAACAUUUAGCAAGAGGUAUUAUAUCAUUUUAUAUGCACAAAAAUUCACUAAUACAUACUUUCAUCUUCGGCCAUGGUUCCUCUGUGUGACUCACCUAAAUUAUUGCUGGGAGUUACACAUUUCAGAUACUCUUGAGAAAGCACAAGGAAUGCAUUGUGUUCUGCUGAGGAUCACAUUAUGCAGUGCUGUUAGCUUACAGCUCAGGCGCUGAGGUCAUGAUCUGACUACACAUUAAAGUCAGGUUUAGAGCUUAUAGUGUGAGAUCAAAAAUCCUGCAGAGUGAAGACAGCAUUAACACCAUAUUGUGGGCUUUUGUUAAUUUCACAAAACAGUGGCUGCAUUAACACACCUGAUCUGGAUCAAAAGCAUAUUACUGGGUGAUCUGGGAAUGCAUCAAUCAAGUGUUAAUGGCUGAGGUAUUACAGCCUAAACCAGGUAUUUGUCAAGUGGUUUUAUUCUCAUGUUUCCUGACUGAUGCAGGAUGAAGAAAACAAAGGAAAAAAUAUUGAAUGAUAAAUAGAACAACUAAAAAGGACUACCAGCUUUAAAAUUCUAGCGGGAUGUAGAGUUCUUUGAGCUGAACUUGACUGUCUUCAAAAACACCUGGCAGAGGCUAGAUCUGAAAUUGUUCUGUGUUACUCCACAUUGUGUGAAAUAAGAGAGGGAUGUUCUUAAUCACAGAAAACUUUCUGGCUUAAAAAAAAAUGAAGCACCUGAAAUCUUGGAGGCUAUUUCUAAAUAUCAAAUCAUCAUUUACGUGUGAAUCAAAAGACAGUAAUGAAUAAGAGGUUCAGUCUUAAGUCUUAAAUUUUACUUACAUAUUUACUUUGAUAGAUCAUGCAAAGCUAUCAACUAGUCCAGUUUGAGUUUCAUGUGGGAGUGAAGGCUAUUUUGACACAGAAGAUUUAAAGGAAGAUGAAUUAUUGCAAUAUAUGAGAAAGAAAGCACGUGGAGACAAUUAUUAGAAUACGUGAAACAGUUCCAUGCAUUGCAAUAAGCAACACAAUGGCCUGGCUUUCAGAAGAAAAUACAGAAACUGAAAGUAACUGCAUGACUUUCUAAGAGUUUACCAAUGCCAGGAGAAUCUGAAGAGUGAAUGAAGAAACAGAAAAUUAACCAUCAGUCCAAAAGCAAAUGAAACAUUUUACAUUGGAUAUAGGUGCACAAGCUCAUGUGCUGCCAGAAACAAUGAUCUUAUCACUGAAAGAAAUGUCAUAGUCAGUAGAAGGCUAGAUUCAGGGUUUUAAAGAAGUUAUUUUUUCCCAUUAGGGCAGGAAGACAACAAAAAAUGUGGGUAAAAAUAAUUUGGAAAUUUUACAGUUUCUGAAAAGAAUUUUCAGAAGUUUUCAUUUUUUAUAUGACCACCUUGAGAAGAUGCACUCUUGGGAGAAAAACAAUAUUGGGAGAGAAAAUAUUGAGAAAAGAUUCUUUUCAGAAGAUAAAAAAUUCUCAGAGGAAUACAUGCCAGUCCUGACAGAAGUGCCUGCAAUUCACAGCAAAGUUCUUCUGGAAGGAUUCAUGGAAGGCACCUUAGCCUGCAGAAAUAAAAAUCUGAGCAUGACCAGAAGUUUUUGUUUUGUUUUGUUUUGUUUUUGUCAUUUCAGGCAUUCCCAAAGCUAUUGGUAAAAUCUCUCCAAAAUUAAAUAGAGUUCAAGGAACAUGGGAUGAACAUGGCAAAGCACACAAACAGAUCCUUGCUAGGCGGCAGCCAUAAUCAACCUCUGUAACUUCCAGUGUUUUGGGGGAGGUGAGGUGAAGAUGUGCAUUGCUUAGCUUCUCUGAUCCACAGCCUGAGCAUGUGGCUGUGCAGAACCAUCCAGUGGCCAAACACUGGAUUCCAACUUUUACCAAAGGAGAGAUUAGACAUAUGAUAGCUUGAGGUGAUUAUGCAAGAGGCACAUCUGAAUAAUGAGUCAGAAAACUGCUAGAAGGCCCAGGCUAAAAUACAAUGAGACAAAAUGCAAAAAUCUUUGGAUUGCCCACAGAUGGUUAAGAGAAGAUCAUUCAUGUGUACGUACAAAAAGAUAAACUCUUGUAACUUAAAUACUUAAAAGCAGUAAUAGCUGUUGCUAUGGGACAUGCCCACAUGAUAUUUCAAACUACAUUUCUUUAUUUUUCAUUCUAGUGAAAAGUUCAGGCCUUUGUAGAAGG